AUGGACACAAGUUACUACUUUGAUACAGAUAGCAACCAGGUUGUUACGGUGCCUGAUCUCGCAACGGGAUUGGAUCGAUUUGAUGAUGAAGAUGGAGAAUAUGUAUUUCGGGGAGAGGCUAUGCGAAGGGGGCGAUAUGGUAACGAUAUGGAUAGGAGGGUUAGUGGUGGAGGAACUUGGAGGAGUAGAGGUGGACAUAAUCUUGCGGAUAAGGUGCUAUGUGAAUACGCAGAGGAGACAAAGAGGAUGUUUACGCAUUUACAGGAGGUUUUUAUGUUUCAAAAGGACAGCUGUAAGAACAUUUACGAUUAUUUUGUGGCAUUAGUUGAGUCGCGCAGACGUGGGGAUAGGAAUAACUUUGAGAAGGCGGUAGAUUCGUUAUAUGCUGAUUAUGUAUUGGGACCUAAUAGUAACUUUUACAAGUGGUACCGAUUUGUGUACGGUGAAGAUGAGUUACCACACUGGGCGUACGGGACGCUUAACGAUCGUAUUACACAGAUUGCAUUGUACUUGUUGAUAUGGGGGGAGGCGAAUAAUCUACGGUUUAUGCCUGAGUUGCUAUGCUACAUUUUUUCUAUUAUGUGCAAUCAUUAUUACGCAAAUAUACUUCAUGAUGCAAAGGAUGUGGAACCAUUUUUGGAGCAUGCAAUUACACCUAUCUAUAAUUAUUAUUACUCGCAGCUAACAUCAGGUAGAGAUCAUUCUAUGAUCGUUGGGUACGAUGACAUAAACCAGUGCUUUUGGAACCGGACAUUCAUUUACAUGCUUCCAGUUAAGAAUAUAGGUCCUAUGAAUACAAUUUUAACAGAUGAGCAUUAUUCUUACUUCAAUAGGGUCAACUGGGAAAAAUGUCUCGUAAAGACUUAUUAUGAAAAGAGGACGUGGUUUCAUGUGGUGACCAACUUCCACAGGGUCUUGGUGAUGCACUUGUCAAUGUAUUGGUAUUUUUUGGCUUUUAAUACUCAACCUUUAUUCACAGGGGAUUAUUCAGUGGAUCAGAUGAACAGUCCACCAUUACAUGUUCUUUUCCUUUUAUUGUCAUUUUCUGGCGUGAUUGCUUCGGUUAUAACUUGGGGAGCUUUGAUUGGUGAGGUCAUCUUUAUUCCAAGAAGUUCUCCUGUGGCGACUCCUAUUCUCGGCAGAUUGACUGUGACUACUCUUUCUGUGUUGGCAAAUUUGGUGCCUCCUAGUGUGUUUCUUGCACUUGAUCUUCCAAUAUUAUAUUCAGGGUAUGGUUUAGUAAUCUCAAUAGCACAAUUCGCGUUUUCUGUCAUUACUGUUGUGUAUUACACGUUACAACCAUUGAAGCACUUAUACACCAAGGCCAAGGAUGAUCCAUUUACAUCUAAUAUUUACCCAUUAUCAAGGAAUUCUCAAAUGGCGUCAGUGACUAUGUGGAUUCUUAUUUUUGCUUCCAAAUUCGUUGAAUCGUAUUACUUUUUGACAGUAUCUGUAAAAGAUCCAAUUAGAGAAUUAUAUGUUCUCCAGAUAAACAAUUGCAACGAAGAUGCCUGGUUAGGAAAAUGGAUUUGUGAAAAUCAUGGCAAAAUUGUGACUGCUUUACUCAUACUUACCCACUGUGUCCUUUUCUUUCUAGACACCUAUCUAUGGUACAUUAUCUAUAGUACGCUGUUCUCAACAUUGAGAGCAGUUCACCUCGGUAUUACUGCAUGGACACCAUGGAAAAAUAUCUUUUAUGAAUUACCGCAAAGGUUUUGUGAGAAAAUGUUGUUACGAAAAACGGUUACUGAUGAAGAAUAUGAUGAGGAUAACGAGGUUCGUAACAAUACUAAGAUCGAAGGCAGAAAUGGUACCACCUAUGAUAUUCUUUCCUUUGGAGCCAUUUGGAAUGAAAUUGUUUUAUCAAUGUAUAGAGAACAUAUUUUAUCGUAUGAACAUGUUUCGAGGUUAAAAUACCAUAUAGAUGAUAAGGGUGUAUUGCAAAGCCCAGAACUUUUCUCCAACAGAAAAUUAAAGGUUUUUAAACGAUCAGUAUUUGGGAAAUCUGCUGAAGCAAAAAGAAGACUUGGAUUCUUUGCAAAGUCAUUAUCAUGUCCAAUUCCAGAUCUCGUACCCAUCUCAGAGAUGCCCAUGUUUACAGUGUUAAUCCCCCAUUUCAAAGAAAAAAUAAUUUUGAGUAUCAAGGAUAUUGUAAAGGGUGAAAGUGAUAGUACUCAUGUUAUCUUGUUGGAGUAUUUGAAAUUAUUGUAUGCCGAUGAUUGGAAAACAUUUAUUCAAGAGACAGGAUCUUUGUAUAAUGAAGAUGAGGAAAAGAUAGAUGGGUCCAUUCUAAAUAGUGAGAACCUAGAAGAAAGGGCCAUGUUUAGUCUGCCAUAUUCAUUUGCUGGUUUCAAAACGGAUACCCCUGAAUACACUCUAAGAACGAGAAUAUGGGCAAGUUUAAGAACUCAAACUUUAUAUCGUACGCUUGUUGGAUUUAUGAAGUAUAAAGAUGCUAUAUCUAUAUUGCAUCGAAAUGAAACCAAAUGCACUUUAGAGGAGGCUUCAGAAAUGUCACUAUCUAAAUUUAGAAUCGUAUGUUCGAUGCAAAGAAUGUUCAAAUUUACUCAUGAAGAACUUGAAGACAGAGAUUAUAUAAUGUCUGUGUUUCCCAAUUUGCAAAUUGCGUCGGUGGAAGAAGAAUAUGAUCGUGAAACUGGAAAGAAAAUAUAUUACAGUUGUUUGAUAGAUGGUUAUUGUGAUACUACAGAGGAUGGGAAAUGGAAACCCAGAUAUAAGAUUCGUUUGUCGGGGAAUCCAAUAAUUGGCGAUGGAAAAUCGGAUAAUCAAAACCAUGCGAUAAUAUUUUGUAGAGGAGAAUAUUUGCAAUUAAUCGAUGCCAAUCAAGAUAAUUAUUUACAGGAAUGUUUAAAAAUUAGGAGUGUUCUAAGUGAAUUCGAAAAUGAUAUCCCAUAUAGGGUAGGUUCAGAGGUAGAUGCAGGAACUGCGGUGAGUCCCGUAGCCAUUGUUGGUUCUCGUGAGCAUGUUUUCUCUGAGAAAACUGGUGUUCUUGGUGAUAUUGCAGCUGGUAAAGAACAAGUAUUUGGCACCUUAUUUGCACGUACGUUAUCCUAUAUUGGUGGGAAAUUACACUACGGUCAUCCAGAUUUUGUUAAUGUUGUGUUUGUGGCACCUAGAGGAGGCGUUUCGAAAGCACAGAAAGGUUUACACUUGAGUGAAGAUGUAUUCGUUGGUAUGAAUUCCAUUUUAAGAGGCGGUAGAAUCAAACACUGUGAGUAUACACAGUGUGGCAAGGGCAGGGAUCUUGGAUUUGGGUCAAUUCUCAACUUUGCGACUAAAAUUAGUGCUGGUAUGGGCGAACAGAUAUUAUCUAGAGAAUAUUUUUACCUAUGUUCGAAUCUUCCGUUGGACCGUUUUCUCAGUUUCUACUAUGCACAUCCAGGUUAUUAUUUGAAUAACGCUUCAAUUAUUUUAUCUAUAACUUUGUUCAUGGCAUUGAUUUUAAAUAUUGCUGUUCUUGUUGAUAGCAGCGAAAUUUGUGAUGACACAUCAAAUCCUAACACAAGACCACCUCAACCUAGUUGUGCUAAUAUAAUGCCCGUUAUCAGAUGGCUAAGAAGAUCUGUUUUAAGUAUAUUUGUUGUUUCCACUGCAUCUUUCUUUCCAAUGUUCAUUGAAGAUAUAAGCGAAAAAAGUUUAUUAACUGGUGUAAGAAGGAUACUCAAACAUUUGGUUACAGGAGCCCCAAUGUUUGAAAUAUUUGUUUGUAAAAUCUUUUCCGGUUCAAUAAUAAAUGAUUUAUACGCCGGUGGUGCUCGAUAUAUCUCCACAGGACGUGGAUUGGCUGUCAUUAGGGUAUCAUUUGCGAAUUUGUACUCUAAGUUCGCUCCAGAGAGCUUUUACUUUUCAUUCUGCUGCUUGCUUGUCCUUAUGUUUGCUAGUUCAACGAUGUGGGACCCUUUAUUAAUAUAUUUCUGGUUUACAAUUUCAGCAUUAUUGAUGUCUCCAUUCAUUUUUAAUCCAAAUCAAUUUUCUUGGAACGAUUUCAUCGUUGAUUAUAAAAACUACUGGAAAUGGUUAACAAGCAGUCGUAUUGGUGCGAAUGCAGAUUCGUGGGUAUCAUACACUCGUAACUACCAUUUGAGAAAUUCCAAUUUACAAACUUCUUUCAUUGGAGCUCCAAAGAUUAAGGAGUUGUUAAGUGUUUCUAAGCGGACAAUUUGGGCAUUAUUGAUUUUCAUUCCAUAUAUAUUUUUUAACUCUAAGAGUUCCUUCGCUUUUGAUACCAAUACCAUGCAAUUUGUUGUUAUGCGUAUUGUUAUACUUUCCGCUCUCCCAAUUGCAUUAGAUGCAGCCUGGUUAUUAAUCUUGUUUGCUACAUCCAUGAGUCUUGGCCCAAUGAUGAAAAAGACGGCACCAAGUUUUGCCAAAGUAAUGAGUUCAAUUGCACAUGGUUUUGGUAUUAUCUCACAUGUUGUAUCCUUCGGUAUAAUGUGUGUAUUGCAAAAAUGGGAUUUAAACUUUAUCAUCGUUAGCCUGCUUACUGCUACUCUGUUGGAAUCCCUGUUUCUAAGCAUAAUUGGAUUACUUGAUUUUUCAUCUAACAAAUAUGCAGAAAAGUCAAACUUUGCAUGGUGGUCUGGCCAAUGGUUUAAAGAAGAAGUCACCUGGAGGUUAUGUAUAGAGCCAUUAUUUGAGUAUAUUCGCAAGAUUUUGGAAUUGAGCUGGUUUUGCGCAGACUUUGUAUUAGGACACUUGCUUUUAUUCUUCCAAAUCCCGAUUCUAUUGGUGCCUAACGUGAACAAGAUUCAUUCAUUCAUGUUGUUUUGGAAGAAGGCAGGAUAUCAAAUUAGACCUUUGCUAUUUUCAAGAAAGAUAAAGAAAAAGAGGCAAAGAAUUGCAAGGCUAUACUCCAUAAUAUUUGUGGUCAUGCUAGCCAUAUUUGUUGUCUUAUUUGUAAGCCCUUUGGUUCUGGACAAAGUGUUCCACCUAAGAUUUGAACACACUGUACCCGCCAAAAUACGUGUUUUAUUCCACACGGACCCAAGGCCUUACAUUUAUAAAACUGGUCAAGGAUUUAGAAAAGUAAACGGAGAAAGGAUGUGA